GCAAGCACAGAUCAGCAGGACAUGUUGGCAGCAGGGUCCAGAGGAGGAGAGGAACAGUUCGGGGACAGCCUUGGAAGUCAGCACGGUUCCCCAGAGGCACAGCAAGGGGACUGUGAGGAGGAAGAGGAGGCUAAGCUGCCUUGCUCUGCUAUCAGCCUGGUGAAAGGACAGGAGAGAAGGGUGGCAGCAGCCUCACGGCGAGCCCCUCGCGCAGAGCGGCCCACCAUCUGCUCCGAGUGCGGCAAGGGCUUCAGUCGGAGCAUCCACCUCAUCCAGCACCAGCGAAUGCACACUGGGGAGCGCCCGUUCCUGUGCGGGGAGUGUGGCAAGGGCUUCAGCCAGAGCUCCCAUCUCAUCCAGCACCGGCGGGUCCACACGGGCCAGAAACCCUACACCUGUGCCGAGUGCGGGAAGAGCUUCAGCCAGAGCUCCAACCUCCUCAAGCACCAGCGCAUCCACACCGGGCUCAAACCCUACGUGUGCAGCGAGUGCGGGAAGAUCUUCAGCGACAGCUCCACCUGCAUCAAGCACCAGCGUAUGCACACGGGCGAGCGGCCCUACAAGUGCCCAGCUUGCGGGAAAAGCUUCAGCCAACACUCCCACCUCCUUCAGCACCAGCGAGCCCACGACGGCAUCCGGCCUUACGCCUGCGGGCAGUGUGGCAAACGUUUUGGGCAGAGCUCUGACCUCAUUAACCACGCUCGCACCCACACUGGUGAGAAGCCUUACAAAUGCAGCCAGUGCGGCCGGGGCUUCAGUGGCAACUCCAACCUGAUCAAGCACACCCGCAUCCACACUGGGGAGCAGCCGUACCACUGCACCCAGUGUGGGGAAAGCUUUCGGUUCCAGCCCCAGCUGGUGCGCCACCAGAAGCACCAUACGGAGUAG